UUCAUAAUCUUGACAUAAAAUAACAAUAUAUUUUAAUUCAAUAAAAUAUCAAAGGUUAGAGAUAGCCUAAAUUUAUUUCCUUAUUCAGUUCAAUAAGUAUUAAAUAAUAAAUAAUGUCUGAUUUGUUUGGAAACACCAAUUUUGAUGAACCAAAAACUCCCAAGUCAGGUGUGGACAAUGAAUUAAAUGAAUUUAUAAUGAUGGAGAAACAAAAGGCUCAGUUAACAGCUCAGAUUCACGAAUUCAAUGAUUUUUGCUGGGAAAAGUGUGUUGACAAGCCUGGAACAAAAUUGGAUGGCAAGACUGAAACCUGUUUAAAUAAUUGUGUCGACAGAUUUAUUGAUGUAUCUUUGUUAAUCACCAAUCGAUUUGCACAGUUACUCCAGAAGUCUGCAGGUGGGAUGUAAUCAUGUAAUAAAAAAAUAUAAACAUUUAUUUGUAUAAAUAAAUCACGAAAUUUUCCCCUAAAUAAUUAAUGUUUAUAAUUUUAAAUAAAUGUUAGUUUAUAGAAAGGUUAAA